AUGGGGACGUCAGCUGGUUUUAUCAACAUGCCCUCGUUGCUGUUUCUGGAAGUCAUUUUCCUGUUUUCUGGAGUGCUCUCAGUCCUCCCUCUUCAGGAAGUCCAUGUAAGCAGGGAGACCGUUGGGAAGAUCUCAGCUGCCAGCAAAGUGAUGUGGUGCUCGGCGGCUCUGGAUGUCCUGUUUCUGCUGGACAGCUCUCACAGCAUUGGGAAAGGCAGCUUUGAAAGGUCCAAGCACUUCGCCAUCACCAUCUGCGAUGCUCUGGACAUCAGCCCCGGCAGGGUCAGAGUGGGCGCCUUGCAAUUCAGUUCCACCCCCCGGCUGGAGUUUGCCCUGGAUUCAUCUACAACCCAACGUGAAGUGAAGACAAAAAUCAGGAGGAUGGUUUUCAAAGGGGGGCGCACAGAGACCGGCCUGGCUCUGAAACAGCUGCUCAAAGGGUUUCCCGGGGGCAGAAACGCCUCUGUGCCCCAGAUCCUGGUCAUCGUCACUGACGGGAGGUCCCAAGGGCAGGUGUCUCUGCCAGCCAAGCUGCUGAAGGAGAGAGGCGUCACUGUGUUUGCCGUGGGAGUGCGCUUUCCCAGGUGGGAGGCGCUGCAGGCGCUGGCCAGCGAGCCGUGGGAGCAGCACGUCCUGAUGGCCGAGCAGGUGGAGGACGCCACCAAUGGCUUCUUCAGCGCCCUCGCCAGCUCUGCCGUCUGCGCCACCGCCAGCCCAGCCUGCAGGGUCCAGCCUCACCCCUGUGAGCGCAAGACCCUGGAAACCGUCAGGGAAGCUGCUGGCCACGCCCUGUGCUGGAGAGGCUCCCCGAGGACCUACGCCAUGCUGACCACACUCUGUCCCUUCUCCAGCUGGAAGAAAGUUUUCUUGACCCACCCUGCCACUUGCUACAGGACUACCUGCCCAGGUCCUUGUGACUCACAGCCCUGCCAGAACGGAGGCACGUGUGUUCCAGAAGGACUGGACAGGUACCACUGUCUCUGCCCACCUGCCUUCGGAGGGGAGCCCAGCUGUGCCCCGAAGCUGAGCCUGGAUUGCAGAAUCGACGUCCUUUUCCUGCUGGCCAGCUCGGCGGGCACCACUCUGGAGGGGUUCCUGCGGGCCAAGGCCUUUGUGAAGCGGUUCGUGCAGGCCACGCUGAGCGAGGACUCCCAGGCCCGCGUGGGUGUGGCUCGGUACAGCCGGGAGCUGGUGGUGGCAGUGCCCGUGGGCGAGUACCAGGAUGUGCCAGACCUGGUCAGGAGCCUGGACAGCCUUCCCUACAGUGGCGGCCCCACCCUGACGGGCAGUGCCUUGCAGCAGGCAGCAGAACGAGGCUUUGGGAGCGCCACCAGGACAGGCCAGGACCGUCCGCGCAGGGUGGUGGUCCUGCUCACGGAAUCGCACUCCCAGGACGAGGUGGCCAGCCCGGCGCGUCACGCGAGGGCCCGAGAGCUGCUGCUGCUGGCCGUGGGCAGUGAGGCCGUGCGGGCUGAGCUGGAGGAGGUCACAGGCAGCCCGAAGCACGUGAUGGCCUAUAUGGGCCCGCAGGACCUGUUCAACAAAAUCCCGGAGCUGCAGCGGAAGCUGUGUGGCCGCCUGCGGCCAGGCUGCAGGACACAGUCGCUGGACCUGGUCUUCAUGUUGGACGCCUCGGCCUCAGUGGGCCCCAGGAACUUCGCCCAGAUGCAGAGCUUUGUGAGAAGCUGUGCUCUCCAGUUUGACGUGAACCCUGACGUGACACAGAUUGGUCUGGUGGUGUACGGCGGCCUGGUCCAGACGGCCUUUGGGCUGGACGUCCACCUGACUCGCACGGCUGUGCUGCGGGCCAUGAGCCAGGCCCCCUACCUGGGCGGGGCAGGCUCGGUGGGCAGGGCCUUGCUGCACAUCCACGACAAGGUGAUGACUGUCCAGAGGGGUGCCCGGCCUGGGGUCCCCAAGGCUGUGGUGGUGCUCACGGGCGGGACAGGUGUGGAGGACGCGGCUGGCCCUGCCCAGAAGCUGAGGAGCAACGGCAUCUCUGUGCUGGUGGUGGGCGUGGGGCCCGUCCUGAGUGGGGAGCUGCGGAGGCUCGCAGGCCCCCGAGACGCCCUGAUCCACGUGGCCGCCUAUGAGGACCUGCGCUGGCACCAGGACCCGCUCAUCGAGUGGCUGUGUGCAGAAGCCACGAGGCCGGUGAACCUCUGCAAACCCAGCCCGUGCAUGAACCAGGGCGCCUGCAUCCUGCAGCCUGGGAGCUACCGCUGCGAGUGCCGGCCGGGCUGGGGGGGCCCGCACUGCGAGAACCGUAAGUGGGGCUUGCUGGACGCCUGA